UCUCCGCUGGUGACAUUGAAGCACAAUUGCGAGCGCAUUUUCCCUAAUUGAGUUGCGACUUUCUCUGCGCUGCGCUUUCUCCUCGCCAAGCAAAGUACUCAAAAGCGGAAAAGCGCACGAAAAUAGAACGGAAAGUGUGGGAAAUGUGGAAAAUAAAGACGGAAGUGGCAACACAAAUUGCAUAAAUAUUAGUUCGCGUGGGCGCAGUGGACAAAACAUUGACUUUUCCCCCGCUUUCCCCUCGCUGUUGUGCUGAUUAAAUAACCAGGCAGUGCCAAGUGCAGUUGUCAACCGAAAUUAGCCGCAAAAUGUUUGCACUUUCUGCUCGCCACGCACUGCGGCGCAGCAGAAACACUCAAAUAUUCGCCAUUUCACGCUUUUUCGCAGAUUCACGCCAAGACAGCGACAAUCCGGCCAAGAGGUACUCCGGACAAGCGACCAUGGACAACAAGAGCGAGAAGGUUACGGUGAACAAGGAGGAGCUGCGCAAGCGCCUGACCCCGAUGCAGUAUCAGGUUACCCAGGAGGCGGGCACCGAGCGACCCUUCACAGGUUGCUACAACAAGCACUACGAGAAGGGCGUGUACCAGUGCAUCGUGUGCCACCAGGAUCUGUUCAGCUCGGACACCAAGUACGACUCCGGAUGCGGAUGGCCGGCCUUCAACGACGUCCUUGACAAGGGCAAGGUCACGCUGCACCGCGACGCCAGCAUACCAGUAGUCAUUUCGAAAACGCUAGGCAUGGUGCGCACCGAGGUGCGCUGCUCCCGAUGCUCCGCCCACAUGGGCCACGUCUUCGACGAUGGACCGCCGCCCAAGCAUCGCCGCUUUUGCAUCAACUCCGCGUCCAUCGAUUUCGUGAAGAGUGCGACGCCAUCGAAGGCGGAUCCACCGACGGCCUCGUCCAAGAAAUAAUGUCCGACCGACCGACGAUCUGCCUGCUAACCAACCACAAGGAGUACUAUUUGCACCCGGAGCAGCAGCCCCAUAUAGACCUGCGGGAAGCUCCUACUCCUCAUCUAUAGAGAGCUGCCACUCCAGCGAAGAAAGAUAUUUAGCUAUUUUAUAGGCGUUUACUAUGCAAAACUGUUUAACGAAAAGGAAACACAUAGCUUAUACACAAGAACGAUGUUUGAAAAUGUAUUGCGGAACGAGGAGUGAGAGAUUAGUAUUGUAGAUCAGCCCAGAUUCCAUUCGCUAUAUACUUUUUCUCCUCACCUAUCUCUGUUUCGGUUUCAAAACUCCUUACUUACUAUACUAUACUAUCGCAUUGAAACUUUACUAAGUUUGUGCCAGUUUUGGCUUGGUUAUAAUGCACUCUUUUCGGUUUACAAUCACUCACUGAAUACCAGAACUCUACUUCUCAAAAGUAUACCCAUCGUAUUUAUAGGAACUAUUGUACGUUAAUGAAAACUAACCCAUUUCGUAGGAGCUUGCAUGCUUAGCAAGAAGUUAAGUUCGCGCAAGGUUACCAUGUACUAGGGAUCAGUUUAGGGUUCCUUUACUUGGUUUAUAUGAUUUUCUUUCGGUUAAGUGCAAUUUCCAUCCCUAUUUCGGUUUUAAAUCCACCAAGAUCAUAGCGCUUUCUUCACAUACCCAUUUCCCAUUUCGAUCAUCAAACAAGGUCGGUUGGCUUUAUUUUUGGGCCAGGGCCAUUAUGUGUAUGUCUGUAUGUGUGUGGUGCUUUAUUUUUAAAUAUUUCCGCAUAAGUAUUUUAUUUUCCGGUGCUCUAUUUGGUUAUUUAUAUGAUUUAGAUUUUACGCUUCAGUUUGUUGCUUCUUACUCACGCUCAAUGCUUUUGAUUUGUAUAACAUAACCCGAAUACUUUAACAAACAUUAUAUCCAUAAACUAUAUAGAGUGUUUUCAGCAAACCGAAUAAUGUGUAUUUUUGUAUAUUUUCUAUUUCUCUUUUUUUUACUCGCUUCAAAAACCAAAAAAAAACUAAAUGUACAACGCCUGUAAACGUUAUUUGGGGGUUUGUUUUGCUAACAAAAAACACGAAAAAACCACAAAAACACCUAACUCAUCGCUGAAAUUAUAACACCCGAAACACGACACAUCAAAUGCUUAAUUAACCAAAAUAAUAUGUGCGCCAAAUCGUUCGGAAAAUCAUCUAUAUUUCUGAUUCGCCCAUUAUUUUCACCCGGUUUGUGUGAUUUCAUUUCAUGUUGUUUCACCUGCCACCCAUUGUUAUUUAUUGCUCUCUCUGCUGCACCUCCUUCGCCUCGUACCUCGCUCUCUGAUUUGCACUCCCAUCUAUUUGCCGUUACUUCUUCGCUCUUUUCUGUGAUUCUUUCUCCGCUUUACAUUUAUCACCCAUUUCUGCAAUCGUUUUUCUAUUUCUGUUUGAUUUGUUUACAACGAAAAACUUUGAAUUAACCUUGCAAAACGAUCAAAAUGAAUAAAAAAACAACAAAAAAUAUUGUAAAAAAAUGUCAACAAAAUGCGCUACACAACAAAACAAACAAACAACAAUCAAAACGUAUCCGAUUAAUCCCACGAAAUGGCAAAAUACAAACU